AUGUGGGUCGCCGCCUCGAACAUCCUCUACAGUCCCGGAGUUGCCGUCGGUGCUCCAAUUACAAAUUCGCCCGUGCAAUUUGUUUCCAUGGCAAGCCUCAAGUUUGCGUGCGUGGUUGCCGUGCUGUGCUUGGUGGUGGUGACUGCACCCACGGCACGUGCGAUCACGUGCGGGCAGGUCACCGGUUCCCUCAGUCAAUGUAUUACUUUCCUGAUAAAGGGUGGGGCGGUGCCGGGGCAAUGCUGCGCCGGAGUGAAGUCCCUGGUUGCGGCCGCUAGGACCACCCAGGACCGCCAGACAGCGUGCAACUGCCUGAAAAGUGCCGCCGGUAAAAUCACUGGGUUCAAUGCCAACAACGCAGCCGCUCUCCCGGGCAAAUGUGGCGUCAACAUCCCCUACAAGAUCAGCACCUCCACCAACUGUGCUAGGUAA